AUGCUUCGGAAGUCCGCACAUUUAUUAUUGAUGGGAAGCGCUGUUAUCAGAAGCCCAGCUAUAACAUCCGUCAGCACGGAUGCUAGCACAUCUGAGAGUCCUAUUAGUAUCACCUCAGAAACUGAUAAAAAGGAGUCCAACUACCGGAAAAAGUUUCUUGAGUCCUUUCGAGAGAAGCUGAACAACGAUACAACCGGUAAAAAUCAACUUGAGAGUUUUUUAGAUUUGCCAGAAGGUAUUUCUCCCACACAGGCUUCCAUGGGACCUAUCAAACGAGGUGAGGAGCCACUGCCGCCAUGGAUAAAAUUAAAGGUUCCAAAGGGUAUGACGCACCGUCCUCGUUUUAAUCGUAUUCGUAGAAGCAUGCGCGAGAAGAAACUUUCUACUGUAUGUGAGGAGGCCAAAUGUCCAAACAUUGGGGAGUGUUGGGGUGGCGAGGAUGACGGCACUGCGACAGCCACAAUCAUGGUCAUGGGGUCUCAUUGCACCCGUGGCUGUCGUUUUUGCUCUGUGUUAACAAGCCGGAAGCCUCCGCCAUUGGAUCCAGAUGAACCCGAGAAAGUGGCAGCUGCCGUAAAGGAAAUGGGUGUUGAUUACAUUGUGAUGACUAUGGUGGAUCGUGAUGAUUUGGAAGACAGUGGUGCGGCUCAUGUCUGUCACUGUAUCACUGAAAUCAAGAAAAAAAAUCCGUCAUUGAUGUUAGAGGCCCUUGUGGGAGAUUUCCAUGGAAAUUUGGACUUGGUGGAGCGCGUCACAACCGCACCCCUAACCGUAUAUGCUCAUAACAUUGAAUGUGUUGAGCGCAUUACUCCACGUGUACGCGACCGGCGUGCAACGUACAGAGGGUCUCUACAGACUCUUGAGCAUGUGACGCGGUAUACAGACGGUAAAUUACUUACAAAAAGUAGCAUCAUGCUCGGUCUUGGUGAGACUGAGGAGGAGGUGCGACAAACGCUACGAGACUUGAGAACUGCUGGUGUGUCAGCUGUUACUCUUGGCCAAUAUUUACAACCUUCCCGAACGCGAUUGAAGGUUACACGCUACGCCCAUCCGAAGGAAUUUGAGAUGUGGGAGGAUGAAGCAAUGAAAAUGGGUUUUCUGUAUUGUGCCUCUGGUCCGAUGGUGCGUAGUUCGUACAGGGCCGGAGAAUAUUACAUCAAGAAAGUUUUGAAACAGCGCGAGGGACAGAAAGAAGAUUAA